UGAGCUGUGUGUUCUUUCCGGUUCUUGCUUCAGUAAUAACAUCCGAAACAAAAUAAUAACCGCUCAUAUCUACUCUUACUUUUAUUGCUAACGUUAAUAUCUUACACCUGCCACUGACGUUACUCUGGCAAAAUCUCGUAGAUGGCGACAUUAAGUCUUUAACACUUCAGCACAACUUCAAAUGUGUUUUUACGACCGAGCGUAGACGUCAAGAACGGAAAGACGGUUCUUGAAGGUUCGCUGGUGUUCAGAUUAAAGGUGCAGUAACGGGACAGCCUGUGCGUGCAUGUGAAACGCAUGACACAGCAUCAGUCUCCUGCAGGGGCAGAACACACCCGAAUACACCCCGCUGCAGUCUGCAGAGCAUCCGCACUCACGGCAGGCUUGGCGCUCUCCUACAGCUGCUCAGUAUAUUCUGGAAAAACGCGACACAGCUCAGCAGCAGGAUGGCUCAUGAAGAAAAGAAUUCGCUGCCUCCAGCAGGGACGCUCUCUGAGGGACAGCGACAGUCCCUCUUUAAGAUGGAGCCCAAGACUCUAGGGGCCAUCCAGAUUGUUAUCGGGAUUUUGAUCCUUUGUCUGAGCGCGUCUGUGCUCCAGGUUCACGAAGUCCACUUUACCGGAGAUGUGGCGCUCUUCCUCAUCGUUGUCAUACAGGUGACUGUGUCUGGGUCAGUGCUGGUCCACAGUGGGAGGAGACCGACUCUUUUCUGGGUGAAAUGUGUCCUGGUGCUUCAUCUCAUCAGUGCUGCGUUCGCCACCGCUGCCCUGGGUCUGAUGUCCAAGCACCUCCCCUACCGCCAGGACUCGUACCACUGUGAACACUGCCGCAAACUGGAGCUACACGCUGUGCAACAUUGUUUCAGGAAAUGCACCGGGCUGAUCGAGCAAAAGUGUAAACUAUUGAUUGAUGGUAUUCUGGGAACACUGGUUAUAUUCCUGGUGCUUGAGCUGCUCAUCUGCAUCACUGCCAUGCUGUUUGGACUCAGCGUCCUAGCUGCUGGUGGCAGCCAGACUCCCAGUGAGGGACCCGUCUAUCCACAAACUCGCCCCCCACCUGUCCCAGCUGUGGAGACUGCUCAGGCCGUUCCGUCUGCUCGAGCUGCUGCUGAGCCAACUCAGGUGGCCGUAGUUGUGACAGAACCUGAUUCAGAGCAGGUAGAGGACAUCUCCACCCCACCCACUGAGCCCCAGGUGGAGCCAAUAGAAACCGCAGAACCCUGAGCUCAGCGCACAGAGCUGUGGCGUCGUGUCAGUCACAAGAGACGAGUGUCAGCAGGGAAGCCACAUCCUGUUUGUUAUGUUGGAAAAUAAAUGUGAAUGUUUAACAAGUUUCUGGCAUGUUGUGAUCACAGCAUCGGUGUUAGUGCUGCUGUCCCUGAACAGUUUUAUUACGAAUGUCGACAUGGUAGCACUUUAUAAUAACGUCACACUAUUAAGCCUUAUGAAGGUAUUAACAUGUGAUUCAUUCAUCAUUUACACAUCACUGCUCCAUAUAUGCCAUUUAUACUUCUGUCAAUAUCAAAACUUUAAUGACUUAGUAAAUUAAUAAAGUUGUGAAAUAUAAAGAACAGAAUUGGUCAAUAUUGUAAAAGCAGCUUUAGCCGCAGCACUCUCAUCCUGCUAACUCAGGGUUUCUCUCAUCAGCUGCUGGCCUGUAAGCCUCUGACUUACUUGUGCACUGAAAUGUUUUCCAAGAACUCAAAGAGAGAAAUAUCUCCAAAAAUAUAACGGUCUCAUCAUUGUUUAUUGUUUUUGGCAAAUUAGGGAAUAAGAUGAGGUUUUCCUAAAAGCAGUUGAACUCGUUAAAUCCACAGAACAGAUGUGUAUCUCCACAGUUAGCUUAGCAGAUCAAAUCUACCUGACGCUGCUUUCAUGUGUGGCUUCUUAGUCCUCUUCUCACUCUUUGUUCAAAACACUAUAAUAUAGAAUUAACUGUAAAUGAAUGUAUGAAAGUUUUAAUCGCACUGAAAAUAAAAUCACUGCUGCACAGAUAAAUCACUCUCACAUGUCACUAAAGACUAGCUUGAAAUGUUGA